CCCAGUGAGCUACUGUGCACACUGGUAGAAGGACUCGGAUAUUCUAUAACACUUCAAUGGAGGAACAGCCCAAAGAUCGGGCACAAGAUAGACGAUAUCACCACCAUGGAGAAGAAAGAAACCCUAUUCAAUACAAAUCAUCUGUAAAAAAUGAUCAGAUCUACUUCCAGUACCAGGAAACGCAGACGAAGAAAACAGGCAAUGGGAAAAUAAACACCAGUGACGUGGAGGGGGAGAAGAUACUGUCUGCAAAUGAUUUUUUUUGUGUCCCUCGUCCCACCAACAGCAAUGGUAACAGACAUUUGAUAAAUACUAAUGUAAAACAGAAGUCAACACGAAAGGUUUAUAGCACUCUUUCAAAAGUGGCCAGCAAAGAGUGUCUUGAUCACAAGAAGAAUAUGGACAGCAAAAAUGACAAGGACAAGGCCUUGGAUUUCACUAAUGACUAUGAGGGAAAGCUGUUGGACAAGGAGGAGUCUGCGUUGCUUCUGAAUGGAGUGGUAAACUCUGCUCAUAUUACCAAUGGUUACUCCAGCAAGUCACCCCCUGACAACGAUGGCAGUGGCUCAGAAAGUGGAUAUACUACUCCUAAGAAACGCAAGGCCAGGCGCAACAGCAUCAAGAACACAGAGCAUUUGACAAGCGAAAAGGAGAGAGCCAUGCAGCAGGGUAAUGCUACACAGGAGCCAGAUUCUUCUGGACUUGAACCAAUGGAGAAAGUGGUGAGCUCGAGACUUGUCCAUAAAGCAGAUGCCCAGACAGCAGUCAGGCAGAUGGGUGCGCCAGAAGUGUCUGUGGGCGAGUUGCAGAGGAAAAACUCAGACAGUAAAACUGCUGCAGUUGCCUUUGGUAAAAAGUUUGAGGAUAGGCCCAAAGCCAAGCUUUCCUCCUCUACAAAAGAGGACUCUUGGACUUUAUUCAAGCCCCCUCCAGUAUUUCCUGUGGACAACAGUAGUGCUAAAAUAGUGCCCAAGAUCAGUUAUGCAAGUAAAGUUAAGGAGAACCUCAACAAAGCAGCCCAAGCUGGAGGAGAGGUACAGCCUCCUCAGGUGCCUGGUAGAUUGUCACAGGUCCCCAUGUCUGCUAUGAAAACCAUCACCUCAGCUAGCUUUACUAAUGGUCUCGUUUCUGGAGAUGGAAAUGGUUGCCCCUCUGUCGGUACCUUCUUCACUCCUGCUGCUAGUAGUAUUCCACCAUCCCCCUCUCUCCCAUGCGGGGAGAACGUAGCAGCCUUUUUGGACAAUGACUGUAGCUCUUCAACUAACCUCGCUGCAGAUCUGAGAAAGUGUACUCUUUUCAUUUACCCCCUAAACCCUUUAAAUAUGCAACCUGUGCUCCCGAGUGCUCGCCAAGUGGACACCCCGGCCGCUCAGACAAAUCAGAAAGCCUUGGGGGACAUCUUCCAGAAUCAGUGGGGGCUGUCCUUCAUUAAUGAGCCAAACGUGGGGCCAGAAGGAGGAAGCGGGCCGGUGGCUGCUGUGGAGGGCAAGGCUGCGGUGGUCACCUUUCAAGGGGAGCCAUGCCCUGCUGUUGCAGCUGAGCCAGGCCUUGACGCUAGCCUAUCAAUCCCAGAGCCUUUGCCUCUCACUUUGGCUCAAGACUCAGAGAAAAGGACUAGUGCCCCAGCUUGCCCCCCUGCUACAAUGAAGGGUGAGGAUGGGACAAAGGCUCAGCUGUCUGGACAGGAAGAGACAAAGUGCGAGGCGAAGAGUUCAGGUGCAGUUGUGUUGGCCUCUGGUAAAGACAUUAGUGCUGAGCCUGCACAGGCCCCCCUGACCAACCUGGUGUUGGGUCCGUCUAAAGAGCAGGCCCACUCUAAGAGGCUGGACAGAGGUAGCUCGGGGUCGUUUGAUCUGAAAGCUGCUGUUACUUAUCACACUAAAGAAAUGGAAUAUGUCUUCAAUUUGCAAAAACAAGAUCCAAAAAGAGUAGUCUUCUAUGAUAAGACCAAGGAUGGACCUGAUCAGUGAGGUAGUGAAUGUCUGUCAACACUAACCUUCUCCCUACCUGGGUGCUGCAGUUAUCUUUAUUGGCGGUUAUAAUCUCUUUGGAAAACAAUAUUGAGUCAACUGUGAUAUUGGGACUGACGGAUGAGUGUCCUGUGACAGACUUUCAUUGGAAUACAGAAUGGGAUAAUGGGGACUCCUUUUUUGCCGGGGGG